AUGCAAGAUCAAUAGAGCAUGCUUUCAAUAUACAGUAACCCUUGGAAUAGGUCGAAUAUAACAAAGGAAAGAGGUUACUUCUUGGCAAAGUCUAUUGAUAAGCAUCCAGAAUUUAAAACAGAAAUUUUGGAUUCUGCAGGUUAAUAAUAAACUAGGAACAUCUUUAAAGAUCCUAUAAGUGUGUAAUUAUGCAAAUACGACUCUACGAUUGGUCCAAAGUUAGAGAAUAACAAAAUUGUUGUGCGAUCAAUAGUUGGUAAACCAGACAUUUUCAAAAGGAAAUUGAGUCAAUUGACUGGAUAGGAUCCAAAAUCAAGUAGUAGAAGAACAAUUGCUAAGGGAAACACCACAAACACUUUUAGGAAUAACAACACAAUAAAAACAUAACAAGUAUUUACAGGAGAGGAGUUAUUGGCUAAAGUUAAUUUGAUUGAGAAGAAUUUGUUUGAGUCCAGAUUGAAAGAGGAUCAGGAAUUAAUGAAGAUGCCAUUCCAAAAGAAAUAGAUUUUGUUGAAAGAAACCAGGGCAUUGGAAGAGUAUUUAAAAUUAGAGAAGGAUUAAAACAAUGUAUUGAUGGGGGUGUCUAAAUAAGUGAAUAAAGAUCCAAGCAAAUCAUUGAUGAUAGAUUGCUAUAGAUUUCGUAGAAAACAAGAAUAUUGUAAUACCAAUGACUCUUUGAAUAGAAAUAACGAAGACAAGACUUUGAAAAUAUUGGAAAUAGAUGACGAUAGUGGUUAUCCCUUAUUCAUGAUGUCAUAAAAUGAUUAAGUGAUACGGAAACCAAGUAUCAUUAAUCAGGAUGAGACUACUCAAUCCAUAUUGAAAUAAUUGAAUGAUGAACCAGUUUAUCGAAGCUUCUCUAGCAAGGAUUACUUGAAAUCCCAAUCGAAUAGAUAUGCUAAGAUAGCUGCUGAUAAAAUCAACAUAAACAUAGACAAUUUGCUUGUUUAAGGAUAUAGUAAACUGGAUUAGGAAAUAAAGUUUGACACUAACGGGAAAUACUUGCUUAAGACAAUCGAAAAGGGCAAUGGAGAGGAGACGAUUACUGAGAACUAUUCAGGAUAAUAUAAAAUAAAUUAUAAAUGA